GACACGGCUUGGUGGAGGUACCGGCAGGGUCUGAGGCCUGGAGAAAAGCAUAACAGGGAUGAGUGGUCCCCAGACAGGAAAUCCUUGACGGCAAAGGGAGAUGGGGACAGAAAACAUUCAGGCUUCUGUUUUAGAAGGAGAAAGACUAGAUGAAUUCAGAGAAGGCUGAGCACACAGGGUGAUGGGGGAUGAGAGCCAGGGAGGCAGCUUGGGGGCGCCAUCCCUGACUGAACCCAGGCCGAAGGGUUCUUUACAGACUUUUGCAGCUGGGAACCAUGUCUCAGCCAGCGGCCAAGGCCUCGGCAACAGCUGCGGUGAACCCAGGGACUGAUGGGAAGGGCUCAGCCCCGGGCUCCGGCCCCGCCCAGGCCCCAGCCCAGCGGGUGCCCGCUGCCAAAGGGGACCUGCCUCCCGGGAGCUACAAGCUGGUGGUCUUUGAGCAGGAGAACUUCCAGGGCCGGCGGGUGGAAUUCUCCGGGGAGUGCUUGAACCUGGGAGACCGCGGCUUCGACCGAGUGCGCAGCCUCAUUGUCGUCUCAGGACCCUGGGUUGCCUUUGAGCAGUCCAACUUCCGGGGGGAGAUGUUCAUCCUGGAGAAGGGCGAGUACCCACGAUGGGACACGUGGUCCAGCAGCUACCGCAGCGACCGGCUCAUGUCCUUCCGGCCCAUCAGGAUGGACGCCCAGGCGCACAAGCUCUGCCUGUUUGAAGGUGCCAACUUCAAGGGCAACACCAUGGAGAUUCAGGAGGACGAUGUGCCCAGUCUCUGGGUCUACGGCUUCUGUGACCGCGUGGGCAGCGUGAAGGUCGCCAGCGGAACCUGGGUCGGCUAUCAGUAUCCUGGCUACCGCGGGUACCAGUACCUCCUGGAGCCUGGUGACUUCCGGCACUGGAAUGAGUGGGGAGCCUUCCAGCCACAGAUGCAGGCUGUGCGCCGCCUGCGUGACAGACAGUGGCACCGUGAAGGCUGCUUCCCUGUGCUGGCCGCUGAGCCCCCCAAGUGAGUCUACACACCACUCUUCUCUCGUGACCCACCCUUCCAGAGGCUCAUCUUCCCCAUGCAAAUAAAAGUUCCUGAAGCCAAAA